AUGCGCCUACGCACCUGGCUGUGCUGCCCCCUGGCCGCCGCGUCGCUCACCCUCGCCGCGGUCGAGCCGAGCGCGGGUUCCGAUUUCAGGCCAAGCAAGGAGCUUGCGCGCCGCCGAGGCCCGGAGAUUUUCAAUGCAGUUCACAAUGCGAUGCGCCAAUGGGGCUCGUCUCUGCACCACAAUGGAAUGUCCUUCUUCCUAGCGACGGUGCCCCAAGGCGUGUUAUUGCAUCAUGGCAGUAGCAGUCCGGAUCCGCCAUCUCAGCCGGACUGGCUGGCCUACGAGAUCGAGCAUGCCGAGAACUUUGCCCGUGGCCGUCGUGGCCCUGGGGGUCCGCCGGGCCGUGGCCCGCCCGGGGAUGGUCCUGACGGCGGACCACAGGAAGUUAUGGGCUCCCCAUGGCACGGAACCGAGAUGGUAGAUGGGGCAGAAGUGCAUGGCUAUCUCCAUGUGUACGAGACCACUCGACCAUUGAAGUUUCUCUACAUUGACGGCAUGGGCGCGGGGAAAACGUCUAUGGGCACCUUGGACUCCCAAGACUACUUGCUCAGGGGCAAAUCACCUGAGAAUGGCACGGACAGCACACCAAGGCCCCGACGCCGGCCAGACGGACAGCCCCCUGAGAGACCUAGAGGCGGAGGCCCAAUGGACGAGCAACAACGCGCCCGGGAUCUGUGCCAGCUUUGUAAGGAGUGGGAUCUCCAGGGCGUGGUUCGCAUGGAGGCCGGCUUCGAGAUCAUCAAGUGUGACUUCUCCGACGGCCUACGGGAGGUCCAAGUACUGCAGCGGCCAGACGAGAUCCUUGGGCGACCCGGUGGGUUCGGCAACCUAGAGUACUUCCGGGGCGUUUCCGAACGAUACAACGGCAUCGGGUCCUCCCGGACUGCCAUCGACUAUUCGUCCAUGGUCUCCGCGUUCUUCUUCCCGGUGAACUUGACCAACCCGAACCCAAAACGGCAGGAUCUGCCUAGGCUGCGCUCUGCCGAGCAGCCUCAGUUGGCCGAGAUAAAGAGCUACCUAGAAAGUGUGAUCCAUGCCAGGCGCGACCACGCUUCUCGGGUAAUCGAUUGGCAGGAUGUUUCUGACUUGAUUGUGUCACGUUAUGCAGACCGAGUCAAGUACAUGGCGGAAGCUGUGCAGGACAUUGGAGCCAUGGCACGAGAAGUCAACUUUUUACUAACCCUUUUCGUCGAUGGGUCCGACAAGGGCGACAGCUUGGAACUGGGUAUCAGCCGCUGCUCGAAUUUCUAUCUCCGGUCAGUGUCUCCCGUCACGGAGGCAGACGUACUGAUCCGCACGGCCUUCGAGACGGUCACGCGAGAGAUAUGCACAACGCUGUUCCGCGUGCGCAGUCUCGUUGUGACCGACCCGGCGCCUGAUCAGUCGUCGCUGGCGGCAUCUGUCAGUGUGCUGAGGGCGCUCAUGCAGUCUCUGAACUGGGCUCGCUUCAAGCGCUGUCCGCCAUGUGCCAUCGAUGAGGUCUGCGUGAUCCCCAUGUGGCCCAUGGGAACCGUCGAGGAAUAUAACAAUCCCCAGUGCUCUAACGGGACGGAGACGGGGGAGAGAUACUGGGAUGGCGGUCCCGGCAGACCUCCCGGAGAUCGGAGGCCGGGAGAUGGUGAUGCGCCACCUCCGUCAGAACUGUGA